CAUUUGCAGCGAUUUCUAGCUACAAUGUCUUCACCUAGUGAGGAGGAGUCCCCAGACGCCAGCCCCGCGUCCAGCAUCUUCGAAGAGGAAAGCUUCCAGUCUCAAUACAGAAUCCUGAGGACCAUCGGCCACGGGAGUAAUGCCAGGGUCCAGCUGGCCCACCACCGCCUCACGGGUACCCCCGUGGCUGUCAAGGUACUUCGGAAAAAGAAGUGGUGCCAGCCAAUCAGGUCUGAGGUAGAGAUAAUGAUGAUAACCAACCACCCCAACAUCAUCUCACUUAUCCAAGUGAUCGAGUCCGAGAAGAGAACAUACCUCGUCAUGGAGCUGGCUGAGGGCCAACAGCUUUAUCAGUACGUCCGAAAGGCUGGCCACCUGCCGGAACAUGAAGCCCGGGGGAUCUUCAGGCAAAUAAUAGCUGGUGUGAGCUAUUGCCAUGACCAAGGUAUAAUCCACAGGGACCUGAAACCAGACAACAUCAUGCUGGACGAGAAGGGAAAAGUCAAAAUCAUCGACUUCGGCCUCGGCACCCAAGUCAAGCCUGGGCAAAGGCUAAGCCGGCACUGUGGCGCCUACUCCUUUGGUGCCCCUGAACUCUUCCUCGGCAGACUCUACGAUGGCCCCAAGGUCGACAUAUGGACCUUGGGAGUAGUCUUAUAUUUCAUGGUAGUCGGUAAGGUCCCGUUUGGCGCUGUCAACAUACCGGAGCUGCGGAGGCAGGUUGUGUCGGGGAAGUAUACCGUCCCCCUGGGCCUGUCGGAAGAUCUCCAGGACCUGCUUAGCCUCUUAAUGACAGUCAACCCCAGGCUUAGGCCAACAGUGGAUGAAGUGAAAGCACACCCCUGGCUCAGGAAAGACACGGAGGCUUUACCAAACCACUGUGAAGAAAUGGCCCCCAGCCUGCUUGACCCUGCAAUUGUGAAAGCCAUGGAACAUAUUGGAUUCCAAGCCCAGGACAUCAAAGAUUCAUUUCAGCAGAGGAAAUUCGACCAGACCAUGGCAUCCUAUUGCUUACUGCAAGGGCAGGCUCUCCAGGGGUACGGCUGCACAACAUGUGCUCAGACCACGAAUCCGGGGGCCACACCGUUCCCUUCCCUAGAGGAUCCUGGUGCUUUCCCGCUAGCACCAAGGAGGAGGGGAAGUGAGCCCGCCCUUGGGGCAUUGCUCAGAGGGUCAUCCACUAACGGUCAGGCGUCUGCCUAUGGCCAGCAGGCAGGUCAAAGAGGGGCCAGAAAUGCCACCGGGCUGGCUCUUCCUCUCUGCAGGCCACUCCAGAGGACACCCACACUGGACCAGGUCCACCAUCAUGCCAGGAGUGCUCCCUGCAUUUACUCAAAGAGCAUCAGUGAGGACACAGAAGACAGUUCAUGCUCCCACGGCGCCUCAGCAGAGGGCAAGUCCACCCACAGCCGCGGCCAGCGCAGAGGCUUGAGGGCAUGGACAAGGAGGAUAGGAAACGCCGUGACCAGACUGUGCUGCUGCUGUCCAUCAAGGAAGAAACCUCGCCGGGGUCAGAACAGCGUCUCCCCUCAGAAAUGAGGCACAAGGAGGGCGUCUGGAGAACCCUUGUGCUUGUCCUGCCUGCCUGCUCCGAGCUGGUCCCGCCUCCAUUGCUGACUUCCUACCUUCUCCAAGUGCUUACAUUCUUUCCUACCUCAACCAUCCCCCUCUCUGUAUGUCUCCUCUUCCCAGCAUGGACUCAGUACCACUGAUGCGGACCCCACUCUAGAAGGUUCUCUCGCUGACCUCAUCUCUUCACCUGGACUCCAUCUCCUCCCAAAGCCAACAGCUCCCACACGAUGAGGACUGGAGGACUAUGGGCUCAGGGACCCUUCCAGGGGCCACCAGCCCGAGCACAUGUGGCCGUGGGUCACAAGAGCUGCAGAACAGAGCCUCAAGUUUUCAAAAGCAACAUCACAUUCCAUAAGCCUCAAAACCGAUAACCAACGACGCCAUCAGCUAAGCGUCCUAGUAUAGAGUGUUGCUGGUUGCUGAAGACAGUCCAUCCUCCUGUGUGCAUGCACAGUCUUUUGCAUACUGAUUAUCCCUUUGUUCCUAAGAGCUAGUGAUGCACAGAUUUCUUUCAAAGAGUUCAACUGGGAAGUAGAAAAAGAAGACAUGAUAUAGUAAGGCAAGUCAAAACCCGAGGCAGCAUUCUAAGAAGUAAUUAAAUCUACUUCAUUAUUUCUUUUGUCCAGAACAAAUUAUCUUGUCUCUUUCACGGUGUCAUCUGGAAAUUCUGUUUGGUCCUGAGUAGAAACAGGAGGUGAUUUCAGACACAUGGUCCAAGAAAAGACACAGCAGCAGCAGCUGACCCCCUGGCUUCCCUGCCCCUGUGGGAAUCACUGACUGACUACUCCUGGAGCCAGACGCCAUCUGAUUAGGAAAAUGUUCGGUUUACCUGAACACCAAUAUUCCUAGAAGACACGUAGAUAUUCCUAGCCUGAACUGUUCCCUGGGAGCUGGAGCUGGAAGAAAAGGCAAGCACACUGUGUUCCUGAUGAGGAACAGCUCUCCACGCUGAUGACCGCAACACGUCUUAUCUAAUCAUGUGCUCAGAUGACUUGAGAGCAUCAACCCCUGCCAUCGAGGUGCUGGGACAGUGGGGUGCUGGGACGGUGGGGUGCUGGGACGGUGGGGUGCUGGGAC